GACACCGGGAAGACCCAACCUCAACCUCGGGUACCAGGGAUGUUCAGGUCCUCAGAAUCCUUUGAGAUGUCCCGCCAUUCCGUAGCCAAUUGCAGCACAGCCAAUCAUCUGCCGCUGCGACUGCACACCAACCCUCCUGACGCGACCAUUGUAUUUAAGGGCAAAUGGGGCGCUGCGGGUAGUGGAAGCCCGAAAGGCGCCAUAUUUGCCAAGCUGCAGAAAUGGCGCCUUAGUGCUGUCAAUAGCAGCUGAAGCCAGGCCGUCGCCAUGUUUUCUGAAGGCAUCUUUCGGGUUGAUUCACCCGAGUCGUGUCUGUGUGCGAGCGGCUGUGGAAUGAACCAUGGAGCGUAACUAGUCUCCACCGAAGCCCUGCAGUCCUCAGCGGCCACACGCUGCCCACUUUGUUCCUUUCUCCUCCGGGGCGAUAGUGACCAAGGGGCGUGGCAAGGGCGUGGCUUCCCGGGGAAGCCAAGGCUGGAAGCUGGAAGCUGGAAGCUGGGCGGCCAAGCCGCUUCCCUGGCAGGAGCUCCGAUGGCGCCACCCCCUGCCCCGCUGCUGGUGCCGAUGCCCGCCGAGAUCUGUCCUGAUUUCAGGAAGCCUGAGCUCGUGAGUUUCGCGGACGUGGCCGUGUACUUCUCCCCGCAUGAGUGGGGCUGUCUGCGGCCCGCGCAGAGAGCCCUGUACCGGGAGGUGAUGCGCGAGACCUACGGCCUCCUGGGCGCGCUCGGAUUCCCGGGCCCCAAACCAGCUCUCAUCUCUUGGAUGGAACAGGAGAGUGAGGCUUGGAGCCCCGCCGCCCAGGAUCCUGCGGAGGGGGAAAGUCUGGGAGGAGCUCUGAGAGGAGACACUUCAAAUGAGAAGGAGCAGGGCCCAGAGAGGUCAGCAGAGACUCCUGCUCAGUUGCAAUCUAAAGAGGUGGUUGAACAUAAGACUUAUUCCACGACUACCAAGUCCUCUGCAGAGGUACAGCUACCUAUGGAAGCUUUCCCAGGCCAGAUGGCUGAUGCACAGCUUCCUGCCCAGGUACCCAGCACAGAUGUGCAGGCCAAUCAGCGACGCCAUGUGUGUGUGGACUGUGGGCGCCGCUUCACCUACCCUUCUUUACUAGUCAACCACCGGCUCUCACACUCGGGUGAGCGACCCUUCCCCUGCCCAGAGUGCGGCAUGCGCUUCAAGAGAAAGUUCGCAGUGGAAACUCACAAAUGGAUCCACCGGUCCUGCUCAGGGGGACGCCGUGGCCGUAGGCCUGGGAUCCGGGCUGUUCCUGGAGCCCCAGUCCGAGGUGACUGGGAUCCACCAGUGCUUUUUCGGCACUAUCCAGACAUCUUUGAGGAGUGUGGGUGAGCUCAAUAGCUAGCUGCUUGCAUCUGGAGCAGAACAUGAACUUGGCACUAAGAAGCAACUAAGUCAAGACUUGGGAAAUGAAUUAUAUCACUUUGACUUUUCUCAAGGAUCCUUUGUAAACUUGUAAAAAAGAAAAGUGCCUGUAAAGAUUCAUAUAGAUUAAACCUGACACUUGCUCCCCUC